AUGUCAGUUUUCUUUUCCUUUGCUUUCCUGGCAAUGAUUCUUGCUCUUGUAGGCUGUACUAACCAGCGUCGGGGUUCAGAAGCCAGUGGGAGAAGAUUUAACCGGGUUCAGCACGGGCAGUGCACCUAUACUUUCAUUCUGCCAGAACAGGACGGGAACUGUCGUGAAAGCACAACAGACCAGUACAACACAAAUGCUCUUCAGAGAGAUGCUCCUCACGUGGAACAGGAUUUCUCUUCCCAGAAACUGCAACAUCUGGAACAUGUGAUGGAAAAUUACACUCAGUGGCUGCAAAAACUUGAGAACUACAUUGUGGAAAACAUGAAAUCAGAGAUGGUGCAGCUGCAGCAGAAUGCUGUGCAGAACCACACUGCUACCAUGCUCGAGAUAGGGACCAGCCUCCUCACCCAGACAGCAGAGCAGACAAGAAAACUCACGGAUGUUGAAACCCAGGUGCUAAAUCAAACAUCCAGACUUGAAAUUCAGCUACUGGAAAAUUCCCUGUCAACAUACAAGCUAGAAAAACAGCUGCUACAACAGACACAUGAAAUCCUAAAAAUUCAUGAGAAAAACAGUGUACUUGAGCACAGAAUUCUAGAGAUGGAAGAAAGGCACAAAGAGGAGCUGGCCACUUUGAAGGAGGAAAAAGAGAACCUACAAAGCUUAGUCACACGACAAAGCUACAUAAUCCAGGAACUAGAGAAGCAGUUAAACAAGGCAACAAGCAAUAACAGUGUCCUGCAGAAACAGCAGCUUGAAUUGAUGGAUACAGUUCACACUCUGAUCACCCUCUGCUCCAAGGAAGGAGUUUUACUAAAGAAUGCAAAAAAGGAAGAAGAAAAGCCAUUCAGAGACUGUGCAGAUGUAUAUCAAUCUGGUGUUAACAAAAGUGGAGUCUACACUAUUUAUAUUAACAAUGUGUCAGAUCCUAAAAAGGUCUUUUGUAAUAUGGAAAUUGCUGGAGGAGGAUGGACAGUUAUACAACACCGAGAAGAUGGAAGUCUGGAUUUUCAGAAAAGCUGGAAAGAAUACAAAAUGGGUUUUGGUAGCCCAUCAGGUGAACAUUGGCUGGGAAAUGAAUUUAUCUUUGCAAUAACAAGUCAGAGGCAAUAUUCUCUAAGAAUUGAAUUAAUGGACUGGGAAGGAAACCGGGCAUAUUCACAAUAUGACAGAUUUCACAUAGGAAAUGAAAAACAGAAUUACAGAUAUCAGAAUGUUAGUUUUGGCAACAUCACAGAGAGCUCUUUAAUGAUGAAUGGUAUGAAAUUUGCAGGGUGGUGGUUUGAUGCCUGUGGCCCCUCCAAUCUCAAUGGGAUGUUCUACACAGCUGGACAAAACCACGGGAAGCUCAAUGGCAUCAAAUGGCAUUACUUCAAAGGCCCCAGCUACUCCUUGCGCUCCACCACUAUGAUGAUUCGGCCUUUGGACUUCUGAAGGAGUUCUGCAGUGGAUCCAGAAGCCAGGCUGGCACCGCCCUCAGCAGCAGCAUUGUCACAGUCUGAAGGUAAAAGGCGAAGGGCUUCUCGAAAGCAGCGUGUAGGGAUGAUGCAAAGUCGCUUCGCUGUCACUCCAUAACCUGCAAACACUUCCCAACAGUCGCUCCAUAUUUUGAUUACUGCGGGGAGCUUGGUUUAGAAGAAGGUGGCUGAAAUGAUUUUCCAAAAAAACUGGAUUUGGCUAUUC